AUGCCUUCGCCAUUGGCAGACCCCGUUAAGUUGCCAUGUGGCUUGGUCCUGCCGAAUAGGCUGUCCAAGGCCGCGAUGGCCGAAUUAAUGGCCAAAACCAACCAACCCAACGAUACCCUCCUCGAUGCUUACGAGCAAUGGUCGCAAGGCGGUUGGGGCAGCAUACUAACCGGAAACGUCCAAGUCGACGUAAACCACAUGGGCUCCCCCUUCGACCCAGCCCUGCACACCGAAUACACCGGCGCCGACACCAACACCGACACCACCCUGCUCACAAACUGGAAGAAAUACGCCUCAACCUGCCAAAAGCACGGCACCCCGGCUAUCGUCCAGAUCUGCCACCCAGGUCGCCAAUCGUUCCGCGUCGCCGGGAAACGGGGCAUGUUCGCGUCGACGAUUGCGCCCAGCGCGGUGCCGAUUAAUAUCGGCGAUGGACUUAUGGAAAGAGUUAUUGCGGCUGUUACGUGGAGUAGUCCACGGGAGAUGACGAGGGGGGAUAUUGAGAGGGUUAUUAGACAGUUUGUGGAUACGACGCGGUUGAUGGCUGAUGCGGGGUUUUCGGGAGUGGAGUUGCAUGGGGCGCAUGGGUAUUUGCUUGAUCAAUUCCUUAAUAGCAAGACAAACCUCCGCACCGACGACUACGGCGGCACCCCCGAAAAACGCGCCCGAUUCGUCCUGGACAUCCUAACCGAAACCCGCAAAGUAGUCCCCCCAACCUUCGCAAUCGGCAUAAAACUCAACUCAGCCGACCACAGCUCCGCCACCUUCGAAGAAACAAUGACUCAAAUCGCCCUCCUCGUCUCCGCAGGCAUCGACUUCCUCGAAAUCAGCGGUGGAACAUACGAAGAUCCGCAAAUGAUGGGCUACCCCAAUCCCACCAAAUCAUCACCCAAUGGCAACGCCAACACUAAUGGCAAUGCCAAGUCCGCGCGCACCGCCGCCCGCGAGGCCUUCUUCCUCGAAUUCGCACACACCGUGCGCGAGAGACAUCCGCAGCUCGUGCUCAUGUUGACGGGUGGAUUUAGGACGCGCGCGGGCGCGGAGGCGGCUAUUAACGAUGGCGCUUGUGAUUUGGUGGGUAUUGCUAGGCCGGCGGCUGUUGAUCCCAAGUUUCCGUUGCUUUUGUUGGAUGAGGAGGUUCCCGAUGAGAAGGCGGUGCUUUUGUUGGAGAAGGCGCCUGUGCCGUGGUUUGCGAAGUGGUUGCCCAGGAAUUUGAUUGGGGCUGGGGCUGAGAGUACGUAUUACGCUGGUCAGAUUCAGCGGUUGGCGAAGGGGUUGGCGACUUAUGCGCCUGCUCUUUGA